ACGAUAUCCUUGACAGUACCCGAUUCAUCAGAUCAAUUAUGGGCAGUCAUUUCACCUGCUACCUCAGCUGGUCCAGGAGCGAAAGUGCUAUCAUCACUGCUCAAAGUUCUCGCAGGAAAGUCAAGAGCGCAACAGAUGCAUACCGAAGAAGACACACGCUUGCAUCCUUCUGUUCAUCCAUUCGCCAAUCAGGAGCAAAAGCGAAUCGGAUUUGCAACGUUUUCCAAAAAUGAAUCAGCAAGUGCCGGAAAUGAUUUUCAAGAUUAUUCAAAACGAUAUGGUGCACUUCGAGAAGAGGAUCAUAUUACUUUAUUUGAGAGCAUAAUGUGGGAUCAAGGAUUUGAAGUUGGCAGGGUUGCUCAGAUGAGAAUUUUACCGGAUAAGUUGAUGGACGAGGGCGUAGAUCAAGAUCUACAAACGGCGGCAAUAGAGACCAAACAGCACAUAGAGAGACUAUCACCACUUUUGGGCUUGCAUAAACCUGGGCCGGGUAGCCCUGGUGGUGUGCCUUUACUGCAUCAACCCAUCAUCUCCCUCAGCAAUGGACAGACAAGGAGGGCUAGAAUUUGUGGAGCUUUGGUUAGCUUGGCACGACAGCAACAAUCAGAUAAUAUCGUAGGAGGAACGACUCUUCUUGUUCUUGAUCAACCUUAUUCUGGAUUGGAUGAACCAAGCAGAGAUGAGCUUUCGAGCUUAUUGGCAGAUUUGCAUACAAGGGGCUCUCCUAGGGCUAUCCUUGUGCUGCGAAGACAGGAUGAUCUGCCCAAAGGUGUCACGCAUAUUGUGGAUGUAGCUGCAGAUGGAAACAUUUGGAGCGGACCUCGUGAAGAGUGGCAUGGAAGCAAGGCACAGGUGCCACAAGGGAUAGAAGGGAUUCGCAAGAAUAACGCAAAUGACAUCGGUGUUGGCAGGAAGGAAGGGGCGGAGGUAAUCAUGCUGGAUAACGUUAGCGUGCAGUAUGGCGACAAAGUGGUUUUGGAUUCUAUCAAUUUGGCUCUCUAUCCUGGUUCUCGGCUGAUCAUCAAAGGCGCUAACGGGAGUGGAAAGACAACGUUGUUGUCCCUGUUGACAGGAACGCACCCGCAAUCGUACAAAUUCGAUGACUCAUCCUACCGUUUGUUUGGGCAGAAUCGAACAGCACCUGCCAAUGCAACUCGGAUCUUGAACAGAAAGAUUGGAUAUUUUGGACCUGAUCUGCUAUCUGCGUUCCCACGAUUGGGGCUCGAAAUGGGUGGACUUUCAGUUGGGCAGUCGAUUGCAUCAGGAUUUGAAGGUGUAUUUUCGCGAACGACUGUUAGUGAUGCCCAAUUUGACCGCAUUCACGCACUAACAGAGUUGUUUGCAGAUUGCAUCGGAUUCAGGGACGAUAGAAGCCAAUUCAACUCAACGUCAACCGAUAUCACUGAUACCAUUCUCAAGAGACCUUUUAUCGAUCUGAACGGGGGUAGUCAGGCACUUGUCCUCUUCUUGCGAGCAGUAAUUCAUCAACCUGCAUUGUUGAUCUUAGAUGAACCUUUCCAAGGCAUGGAUGCUAUGCAAAUUUCCAGAAUCAGAGAGUAUUUGGAUGCCAGCACACCCGUAGCAUCGCAACAAGACACAUUCGCAGUCGGUCGUACUGAGCAGGAUCGAGAAACAGAUGCAGAAAAGAGGAAGCAGAUGGCACUGGUAUUGGUGAGCCAUUAUGUGAACGAAUGGCCUGAUCGGAUGGGCAAGUAUGUGCUAUUAGACGAUGGGAAAGUCGUUGAA